UCGGCGGUGGGUGCCGAGCGGCAGUCUUGAUCGCGAUGGUGAGCGCAGUGAACGCGGGCUCGCGGAGCGAGAACACCCCCAAGCUUUGGGCCUACCGCAACGGGAAUGGCAACGGUAACGGGAACGGAAGCAUACACCACGGUUUUAUGUCCAGUUCGCCCCCUGGGAGCUCCCCCCCAAGCAGCUCCCCGCCGUCAUUUUCUCCAAUCGCAUCUCCGCAUCCCUUCAAAACUCUGCGACGCUCCAACUCUUCCUCCGUGUUCCUUCUGGACCGGCGAAUCCAGUCUCCGUCACCGCCACCCAUAGCCGACAAUCGCUCCCUCUUGGGCUGCAUCUUCGGAUCCCUCCCGGUGCGGUUCUUCGUUUUCCUCCGAAACCUCGCCGCGACGGUGAUCUACCUGAUCUGGAGCCAAGUUUUCCUCAUCGGUCCGACACUCUGGAUUUCGUGUGUGCUAUGGUUCUGGUGCAAGUGCAUCUCCAUUCCCCUCGCGAUUGUGAAGUGGAUCUUAACCGUGAUGUUCACCUCCGCGUCGGAGCGCGCCCGCAAGAAACGGACCGUUCUCAUAAGCGGCGGGAGCAGUAUUCAAGCCCUCCACCUGGCGCGCAACUUUUAUUCAGCCGGCGCUCGGGUUGUCGUCUGCGAAGUGUCCGGUCUCUUCGGCCUGGCCCGCUUCUCCACGGCCGUCCACCGCUUCUACACGCUCCCGAGGCCGAGUGGGGAGCGCGGCGAGGAGUAUGUCGAAGCUGUGCGCAGGAUCGUGGAAAAGGAGAAAGUAUCUUGGUACAUACCGGUGAGCGCCUCUAACACGGCCUACUACGACGCCCUUCUCAAACCCCAGCUGGAGGCCAUGAAGUGCACCUGCUUCUGCCCGGGGCUCAAGGAGGUGUGCACGCUCGACGACACCCACGAAGUGCUCAAGAAGUGCCGCUCGGAAGGGAUGGCCACGCCCAACUUCUACCCGAUUGCCUGCAAAGACGACAUCAUCCGGCUCUACGAGAAUGGGACCCUCCGCUCAGGGCGACACUACAUGGUGAGCAUCGGCGUCCAGGGCUGUCGAGAGCGAAUUAAACUCAACGUCCCCAAUUCGAGGAAAGACUUCCGGGUCUCACACUUGGUGACGGAGCAGCGCCCUUGGUUGAUCGUUCAAGAUUAUCCAGGAGAACGGUUCGUGACGUGCACCACGGUCGAGGACUCGGUCGUCGUCGCUAAUGUGACGUGUCGCGUGGAUCGUGCCGACGGGGGCCUGGUGCCCCUGGAGCACGCCGAGAUCAAUCAGUGGCUUCAGCAGUUCUUCAACAAGCUACGGUUCCUCCGUCCGAUCACGGGGCACAUCAGCUUCCGCUUCGUCGUGUCCUCGGUUAGCGGUUCUAUCGUCCCCGUGGGCUGCCGUGUUGGCGUGAGCCUCCCAUACAUCUGCUACACGAGUGUGCACACGCGGAUCGUGUGGAAGCCGUGUCGGCACUUCAAUCGACAAGUCUCCGGACCGCUCGUCCUCAACUCCGGCAGGUAUUGGAUGCACGAGACCGUGUUCAACACAAUUCGGCAACCCGGACUUCUGUCCGUGGUCCGGCUUCUCGGCACUGUUCUCGACAAGCGCGAGGCGCUAUUUGCCUACUGGGAUCCUCUUCCCUACUGCGCCUACUACCAUCUCCAGCUCCCGUUCAACCAUCUCGUCAAGUUUGUCACCGGUGAGAAGCGGGUGGCGUUGGGAUCCUCUCGAACCAUCCUUCAAAGGACGAUGACGCAACCAAGGUUGCAGUGAGCUAUUUUAUUUAGUAUUCUCCUUUUUCCCAGGAGUUUUCUUAGAGCUCCUGCUAGUGUUUUUGUGUGCGUAUUGAUACGACGAGACGUUUCUUCAAGUUGUCCUCGAGCAGGCAAUGAGCUUUUUCUUUCCUAGAAUUAGUCAUUUUUCUGUCACCUAAUCUCUUAACCACUCACCUACGAGAUCCCCUCUUCUUUUAUUUUAUUAGCUACUGACCCUUACGUGCUUGCCGCGUAGCAAUUUAUUCAGACUGAAUGCCAGGAGUAAUUUCCACGAAUUCUUCGAUUUCAUUUCUCUGAAGGCCCUUUUCUCCCUGUUCCCUUCAGAAUGGAUAUGGGGAGCUCUACUUUUGCUACAUUUUGAUAGAUUCCAAAACUUGUGCAGGAUAUUUUACCAUUAUAAUCAGGGCAACAACCCUCCUACUCUUAAAGGAAGCUAGGUAGGCUUCAAAACGAUGAAAUUCCGAUUUCUUCUGGUUGAUUCCCUCUUCAUUUCCGCAGUCCCCGUCCUGAAAUGACUAAGAUGAACACGCCAGCUAUGGGUGAUCUUGGGAGUUCGUUAUAGAGAAAACCAGGGGCAACAUCGUUUUUCUUGUAAAUUUUUAUCGCAGAGAAUUACGUGAAUCGUAAAUCCCAGAGCAUGCAAGAGCUCCACUGCCUUCUUGAAAAAAUAAGAGUCAACCAAAAUUAAGCUAUACAACUCCUCUUUGAAAAGUGGGAGGGAAAGAAGGUAGACGGAUUGGGAUAAAAAUAACAUUUUCCUUUUUUCAGUAGAUCCAGAUCCGUAGUCCUCCCGGAAUUCUGAUGUAAUAUCAAAAACAAG